GAUGUUAAAAAUGUGCUCUAUACUGCAGCCAGAGAGAAUGGCCCUACCUGGAGCCUCUGGCAGAAAGCACUGAAGGAGACCCGAGGCUGACUCUCCGGGGUUUUGGAGUCGGGGAUAUCAAGGAUCCGAGGCUCGCUAUACUCCAACUGAAAAAGAGAUAUUGGCAGCACAUGGAGGAGUUUGAGUUGCCUUGGAAGUGGUUGGUACUGAAGCACAGCUCCUCUUAGCACCCCAACUGCCUGUGCUGGGCUGGGUGUUCAAAGGGAGGGUCUCCUCUACACAUCAUGCAACGGAUGGCAUGUGGAGUAAGUGGGUCGCACUGAUUGCACAAUGAGCUCACAUGGGAAACCCCAGUUGCCCAGGAAUUUUGGAAGUGAUCAUGGACUGGCCAGAAGGCAAAGAUUUCGGAAUAUCGCCAGAGGAGGUGAUGCGUGCUGAAGGGGCCCCACUGUGUAAUAAACUGCCAGAAAAUGAGAGGCAAUAUGCCCGGUUCACCGAUGGGUCCUGUCACAUUGUGGGAAAACAUCGGAGGUGAAAGGCUGCCGUAUGGAGUCCUAUAUGACAAGUUGCAGAAACUGCUGAAGGAGAAGGUGAAUCGAGGCAGUUUGCAGAAGUGAAAGCCAUCCAGCUAGCAUUAGGCACUGCUGAUAGAGAAAAGUGGCCAGCUAUCUAUCUCUGUACUGAGUCAUGGAUGGUGGCAAAUGCCCCAUGGGGUGGUUGCAGCAAUGGAAGCAGAGCAACUGGCAACACAGAGGCAAACCUAUCUGGGCUGCUGCACUGUGGCAAGAUACUACUGCCCGGCUAGAGAAGCCAGUUGUAAAAGUACAUCACGUAGAUGGGUGCUCACGUACCCAAGGGUCGGGCCACUGAAGAACAUCAAAACAUCCAGCAGCUGGAUCAGGCUGUUAAGAUUGAAGUGGCUGAGGUGGAUCUGGACUGGUAACAUAAGGGUGAAUUAUUUAUGGCUUGGUGGGCCCAUGACACCUAAGGCCAUAAGGGAAGAGAUGCAACAUAUAGAUGGGCUUGUGAUCUAGGGGUGGACUUGACCAUGGACACUAUUGCACGGGAUAUCCAUGAAUGUGAAACGUGCUGCAAGCAAGCAAGCCUAGCGGUUAAAGCCCCUGUGGUAUGGAGGAUGAUGGCUGAAAUACAAGUAUGGGGAGGCCUGGCAGAUCAACUAUAUCACACUUCCACAAACCUACCAAGGCAAGCGCCAUGUGCUUACAGUGGUGGAAGCAACCACCAGAUGGCUGGAAACAUAUCCCGUGCUCCAUGACACUGCCCGGAACACUAUGCUGGGCCUUGAAAAACAAGUCUUACGGCGACAUGGCUCCCUAGAAAGAAUUGAGUCGGACAACGGGACUCAUUUCCGAAACAACCUCAUAAACAGCUGGGCCAAAGAGCAUGGCAUUGGGUGGGUAUAUCACAUCCCCUGUCAAGCACCAGCCUCGGGGAAAAUUGAACGAUACAAUGGACUGUUAAAAACUACAGUGAGAGCACUGGGGGGUGGGACCUUCAAACAUCGGGAUACACAUUUAGCAAAAACAACGUGGUUAGUUAACACUGGAGGAUCUACCAAUCAAGCUGGCCCUGCCCAAUCACAUCUUCCAUAUACUGUAGAAGGGGAUAAAGUCCCUGUAGUGGGCAUGAAGAAUAUGUUACGGAAGACAGUCUGAGUUAGUCCUGCCUCGGGCAGAGACAAACCCAUCUGCAGGAUUGCUUUUGCUCAAGGACCUGGAUGCACUUGGUGGGUGGUGUGGCAGGAUGGGGAAGUUCGAUGCAUACCUCAGAAGAUUUGAUUUUGGGUGAGGACAGCCAGUGAAUUGGACUGUAUGAUGUUAAUUCCUAAAUAACCCUGCCACCAUAUGUCAUCACUGCUAUAGUUGCCAUAUGCCGUAUCAAUGGUAUUACAGUAAGAAUCACCCCAAUCACUGAAGGGUGGACUUUGAUGAAACUGAGUGAAGUGCACCAGUGAUGGAACUUGAACUGGUUUUAGCAACUGGUGCCCAGCAACUUCCUCAAGAUUGACAUCUUCAACCCACAGACCAUGGGCAUGGGCCACGCCAAAUACACCAGCCAUGAGCUCCGGAUGCAGCGUGCAACAAUCCAACACCAUACAUGUAGGAUCUGGGCGUGAUGUAGAUGACGAAGCUGCCAGUGUUAUUCAAUUUGGUAAAUCAGCCAAGCGAUCACCUGAGUCAACUCAAAUUGGGCAGUAUGGGAACGGCUUGAAAUCGGGUUCCAUGCGGAUUGGGAAGGAUUUUAUCCUGUUCACGAAGAAAGACAACACCAUGACUUGCCUCCUCUUGUCACGGACAUUCCAUGAGGAAGAAGGCAUCGAUGAGGUCAUUGUUCCCCUGCCCACCUGGAACGCACGAAGCUGGGAGCCUGUGACUGACAACAUGGAGAAGUUUUCUAUUGAGACGGAGCUAAUUUACAAGUAUUCCCCUUUCAAAUCAGAACAGGAAGUGAUGGAGCAGUUUAAUAAGAUCCGUGGUGAGAAAGGCACCCUUGUGAUCAUCUUUAACCUCAAACUAAUGGAUAAUGGAGAGCCAGAGCUGGAUGUGACUUCUGACCCCCAAGACAUUCAGAUGGCAGAAACACCCCCAGAGGGCACAAAGCCUGAGCGCCGGUCCUUCCGUGCCUAUGCUGCUGUGCUUUAUAUUGAUCCCAGAAUGAGGAUCUUCAUAAAUGGACACAAAGUACAAACCAAACGACUUUCAUGCUGCCUGUACAAGCCAAGGAUGUACAAAUAUACUUCAAACCGUUUCAAGACCCGUGCAGAACAAGAGGUGAAGAAAGCAGAGCACAUGGCGAGGAUAGCGGAGGAGAAGGCUCGUGAGGCGGAGAGUAAAGCCCGUGCCCUUGAGCUGCGCCUAGGAGGGGAUCUCACGCGAGAGUCCAGGGUGAUGCUACGUCAAGUCCAAAACUCCGCAAUAACCAUGCGCCGGGAGGCUGAUGUCAAGAAAAGGAUCAAGGAUGCAAAGCAGCGGGCACUGAAGGAACCCAAAGAACUGAAUUUUAUCUUUGGUGUGAAUAUUGAGCAGCGCGAAUUGGAUGGCAUGUUCAUUUAUAAUUGCAGUCGACUGAUAAAGAUGUAUGAGAAGGUGGGCCCACAGCUGGAGGGUGGCAUGGCAUGUGGUGGAGUAGUAGGCGUGGUGGACGUGCCCUAUUUGGUUCUGGAGCCUACCCAUAAUAAACAAGACUUCGCUGAUGCCAAAGAGUAUCGACACUUGCUGAAGGCCAUGGGAGAGCAUUUGGCUCAGUAUUGGAAGGAUGUUGCUAUAGCCCAGAGAGGUAUCAUCAAGUUCUGGGAUGAAUUUGGUUAUUUGUCAGCAAACUGGAACCAGCCGCCAUCCAGUGAACUCCGCUACAAGCGCCGGAGAGCCAUGGAGAUCCCUACCACAAUUCAGUGCGAUUUAUGUCUGAAAUGGCGGACUCUCCCAUUCCAGCUGAGUUCAGUGGAGAAGAAUUACCCUGAUAGCUGGGUAUGCUCUAUGAACCCUGAUCCUGAACAAGACAGAUGUGAAGCUGCAGAGCAGAAGCAGAAGGUGCCACUGGGAACUCUGAAGAAAGACUUGAAAUCACAGGAGGAAAAGCAGAAACAACUGACAGAGAAAAUCCGCCAGCAGCAGGAGAAGCUGGAAGCACUGCAGAAGACCACUCCCAUUCGAUCUCAAGCUGACUUAAAGAAACUGCCUCUGGAAGUGACCACACGGCCUGCAGAGGAGAACACCCAGUCACAGACCCGACCUCAGCGCCCACGAUCUCCUCCUUUACCUGAUGUAAUCAAGAACGCUCCCAGCAGACCACCACCACCUGUCCCUCUUCCCAAGUCCAUCAGUCAGCUGAAAAAGAGCUCUUCACCUUGGCCAAACAUCAGCACUCCCAAACUGGCAAGCAUGCUCUCCAAGGAGGAGGCCAGCACUUCCAGGACACACCAGCACACUGUGACAGCUGGAAAGUCCAACAGUGCUUUAAAAACUCUUGCCAAACCAGGUACAACAACGAAACCACCUUCUGCUGUCCUGCAGAGUCCCAAAAGCUCACGUGAGACACCCAGCCCAAAAGCUGCCAGAGUGCCAGCACUGAAGAAAUCUGCCACUGUCAAAUGCCCACAGGCCUCCACCACUCGGAAGAGGACCUUGAACACCACAGAGGACGGGUCUGAGGAGGAGGGGGAGCACAAGAAGGAGAAGGCAAAACGGGGAAAAUUUGUGGCAGUGAAAGAAGAGAAGAAGGAUUCCAGUGAGGUGGUGGUAGAGCUCACAGACAGUGCUGGGGAAGAAGAUCUGGCAGAACUGAAGAAAGCUCAGAAAGAUAAAGGGCUGCAUGUGGAAGUGCGUGUGAACAAGGAGUGGUUCACGGGCCGUGUCACAGCGGUGGAAAUGGGCAAGCAUGCAGUACGCUGGAAGGUGAAGUUUGAUUAUGUUCCUACAGACACCACACCAAGGGAUCGCUGGGUAGAGAAGGGCAGUGAGGAUGUGAGGUUGAUGAAGCCUCCCUCUCCCGAGUACCAGGCUCCAGAUACACAGCAGGAAGGGGAGGUUGUUGUGGCUGAACCUUCUACCUCAGACUGUGUCAGAAUUGAGCCAGAUACCACUGGUCCCAGCAGCAGCCAAGAAACAGUAGACUUACUAGUCCAGAUUCUUCGAAAUUGUUUGCGGUACUUCUUACCUCCGAAUUUUCCUAUCUCCAAGAAGGAGCUGAGUUCCAUGAGCUCGGAAGGGUUGUUGGCGUUUCCCUUGAAAGAGUAUUUCAAACAGUAUGAGGUAGGUCUGCAGAACCUGUGCAAUUCAUAUCAGACACGUGCUGAUGCCCGGGCCAAAGCCUGUGAAGAAAACCUCCGCAACUCAGAGAGAAAGCUGAAGGAAACGGAGGAGAAACUGCAGAAGCUGAGGACUAACAUUGUGGCCCUUCUGCAGAAAGUGCAGGAGGACAUUGAUAUUAAUACAGAUGAUGAACUGGAUGCAUAUAUCGAGGACUUGAUCACGAAAGGAGACUGAGCAGCCCCAGUACAAGUUCUAGAGAAGUGCAGAGGAGCUGGUUGCUGCGAUGGGAGAUGUGGAUUCCUGCAGUAGAGGACUGUGGCAGCUGAUGAGGAGAGAGGGUUUUUAGACAGUACUUGUGUUGGUGUACAACUUGUUCUUGUGACUUUACAUAAAAAAGAGAUUUGUGCUAUUGGCAGGAAAAUUUUUAACAUUGUAGUUCUCUGAAUCUCUUCCUUUUGUUUAUAAAUAUUUAUUUUUAAAAGAAAUAGGAACUGUGCCUGAUAUGAUGGGAGGGUUGCUGUGUGUUUUUAGUGAGGUAAAAGUGUGAGUACCCCUUUUGCAUCUGGGGUAUAUUCAUGUGCUAAACCUGGAAGACCAGAACAUCCUGCCUAGUAGGUUGUCUCAAGUAAGAACCUGGCAGCAACUUAAAAAUAAGCCUUGAGUUAUGGAAGAGGAGGUUAGGACUUAGACUUCGAAGAUACUGAACUUGGGCUAGAGAAAGCCAAGUCAGGUAUUUGAGCUACACAGAGGAGAUCAAAACACAUUCCCUGUGUAAGCGUGAGUGGAGGGGAUGAAAUCUUGGUGGUUCUGAGAGAGUUAGGGGUAGGGGAUUGGCACUUGCCAGUGCAGUGAGGUUCCUGAAUAUGAGGUCUCCUCUGUAAGCAGGUGGAGUUGUCACCAUGCUAACAGUCAGAGGCUGAGGAUCCUUUUAGAAGAAGAUGGCCUCUUAGGCUGCUCACAGUGGGUUGCGAUCAUCAGAGGGAGAAAGCUGGAGCAGAUUCUUUUCUAGCAGUCACCUUAUUGCACACUUUUGCUGCUAUUUCUUUGAGGCAAAGUUGCAACAGCAGAAGAACUCCUCGACCAGCUGAAAAUAAAGUGACCCUCUGUUCUGUUGUCA